CACUAUGAGGCAGCAUUUAAAAUUAUUUACCGGUUGCAAACGCUAUUUUCCAAAAAAUUUGUACCAAACUCACAAAAUUUGUUCCCGCAAAACCCGAGUUAGUGAUUAUAUAUGGCCACAGACAAGACUCCAAGCCAGGGUGCCCAGGUGCUCCACAAGACCAGGACCCGAUCCCACAGACGGCGGGACUCGAACCACGAAUCCCCCAAGACCUGGAAAACGGGCAAUAGUCAGCUGCAAAAGCGGCUCCGUCGCCUGAUUGUCGCCGAGCGGAGCGGCAGGAAGCGGUCACGCCGCGAGCAGGAGCCGGACAUGUCCGUGUCCCGCAAGAAGAUGCCCUUGUGGACCUGGGGAUCCAUCAUCCUCGUUAUCUGCUCGGGUCUGGGUCUGUGCAUGCGGUUCAACGACAACUCGCCGACAGUCGGCGGAUUCCUGCAGAGCUACACGAACCAGUACCACUCGAUCGUCAACAACCGGGACAACUACUGCGACCGCACCCAGCGUCUGGGCAACAUCGUCACGUACGCCCGGCUCCACGUGAUGCACCAGGAUCAGGCCUUGGACCAGCUGGAAGUAGCACUGGACAGCCCCAAUCGCCAGAUCAUCGCUUUGGUGGGCUCCUCUGGCGUGGGUAAGAGCUUAACGGCGCACAAGCUGCGCAAUCAUUAUCCAUGGCCUGAGAAUGUCAAGACCGUUUCGUGGAGCGGCGGAGAGUCUGUGCUCCGUGUGCAGAGCAUUCUGUCCCAUCUCGUUUAUUGCGGCCAGAAUCUUAUCCUGAUUGACAACAUGCUUCCCGAGGAUGCCGAUUAUGUGCCUGUCAUCAGUAAACUGAUAAGGGGGCACGAGGACAUCGCCAACAGAACUGAGCAGCCGCACCUGAAACAGUUGUCUGUGGUGGUCAUCUUCAGCGUGAAUCGCCUGCAAGCCGACGAAGACUAUGAUGUAGAUAUGGAGACGCUGAAGAAAAUGCCAGGUACCCAUGUUAUCACCUAUGCUGCGCUGGAACCCGACCAUCUGGUCGACUGCAUCCGCCGAGAAGCAGAGAUUGCCAAGGUGCAGCUGGAUGACGAACACAUUGAGGAGAUAAUCAGGGGAAGCGAUGCUCGCUCUUCUGGUUGCAAGUCCAUUCCGGCCAAAGUCCUGCUCUACGGAAAGCCAAUCCCAGUGGCUUCGGAAACUGCCAAUAACCAUACAACAGACUGAUUCAAGACUAUCAACACGCCAAAGUGUUUGAAUGUAAAUUUUAGUUAGGCCGUAUAUCAAAGACAAUCCUGAGAACCACACGUGAUAAAUUUUAAAAGAAGUUAUAAAUCAUAAGUUAGGUUUCGCACAAACGCUAUUGAGAAAAUUCUGUAUUGUAAAUUAAUUUCGAAUCGUAGAUCAAGUAAUGUUAAA